AUGGAACGUGUUGAAGAUGAACAUGUUUCACAGUCCUAUAUUGUAUAUUUAGGAUCACACUCUUUCGGCUCAAAUCCUUCAUUACUUGAUUCUGAAUCUGUUACAAACUCUCACUAUGAUUUACUUGGAUCUUAUCUUGGAAGUACUGAGAAGGCUAAAGAAGCAAUAUUUUACUCUUAUAAUAAAUAUAUUAAUGGCUUUGCUGCAAUACUUGAAGAAGAUAAGGCAAAAGAGAUUGCAAAACAUCCAAAUGUUGUAUCGAUGUUUUUAAAUAAAAGAUAUGAACUACAUACGACCCGAUCGUGGAAUUUCCUUGGGUUAGAGACGAACCGUGGAUUUGCUAACGAUUCAGUAUGGAAAAAAUCAUUGGGUGAAGACAUCAUUAUUGGAAAUUUAGACACUGGUGUUUGGCCGGAAUCAAAGAGUUUUAAUGAUGAAGGGUAUGGGCCAAUUCCAAAAAGGUGGAAAGGAAUUUGUCAAGUUUCUAAAGGAAAUCCUGAUAAAUUUUAUUGCAACAGGAAACUCAUUGGUGCAAAAUAUUUUUAUAAAGGCUCUGAGGCACAUCUCGGUGAAGCGGCAAAUGUAAACUUUAAUAGUGCACGUGACACCGUAGGCCAUGGAUCACAUACUUUAUCAACUGCUGGAGGUAAUUUUGUUACCGGAGCUAAUGUAUUUGGCUUUGGAAAUGGAACAGCAAGUGGUGGAUCACCAAAAGCAAGAGUUGCAGCCUAUAAAGUCUGUUGGGAUGGAUGUUAUGAUGCUGAUAUUUUGGCUGGUUUUGAAGCUGCCAUAAGUGAUGGUGUUGAUGUACUUUCUGUGUCCUUGGGUGGAAAAUUUCCACGAGAAUUUUCGGAAAGUGCUAUUUCCAUAGGCUCCUUCCAUGCUAUUGCCAACAACAUCGUUGUUGUGGCUUCCGGAGGAAAUUCAGGACCUAAAAUCUCAUCUAUAGUCAAUGUCGAACCAUGGACUUUCACGGUUGCUGCUAGCACAAUUGAUAGAGACUUCACAAGUUAUGUUAUUCUUGGUAACAAAAAAAUAUACAAGGGAGCUAGUCUUUCAGAGUUGGACUUACCACCUAACAAAUCAUAUCCACUGAUAAGUGCCGUAGAUGCCAAACUUGAUAACGUGCCUCCCGCAUUUGCCUCUAUUUGCAAAGAAGGAACUCUUGAUCCACAAAAGGUUAAAGGAAAAAUAUUGGUAUGUCUUCGAGGUGCGGGUGCUAGAGCUGACAAGGGCGUGCAAGCUUCUCGUGUAGGUGCUAUUGGAAUGAUAUUGGCUAACGAUGAGGAUUCAAAGAAUGGAGUUAUAGCAGAUACUCAUGUCCUUCCCGCUACAAAUGUUGGCUUUGCAGAUGGCAGUGCCAUUUUUAAUUACAUCAAUCACACAAAGUCUCCUGUGGCUUACAUUACUAAAGUUAAAACAGAAUUAGGCAUAAAGAACACACCAACUAUAGCUUCAUUUUCGUCAAGAGGCCCAAAUGACCUUGACGGUACAAUCCUUAAGCCAGACAUCACUGCACCAGGCGUCAGCAUAAUUGCAGCGUAUACUCUAGCUAACUCUCCAUCGGAACAACCAUCUGAUAAGCGUAGAGUUCCUUUUGUUACUAUGUCAGGCACUUCAAUGUCAUGUCCUCAUGUUGCUGGAUUAGUUGGACUACUUAAAUCUGUUCAUCCUGAUUGGAGUCCCGCUGCUAUCAAGUCAGCAAUAAUGACCACAGCAACGACUAAAACCAACAAUGGAGUUGAAAUAUUGGAUUCAUCACUAGAAAAAGCAACUCCUUUUGCAUAUGGUGCCGGCCACGUUCAACCUAAUCUUGCAGUGGAUCCUGGACUUGUAUAUGACCUUAAUGUUACGGAUUAUUUGAACUAUUUAUGUGGUCGUUCAUACACCAGUGACCAACUUAAGGUGUUUUACGGAAAACCUUACACUUGUCCAAAAUCUUUCCGUCUAGCAGAUUUCAAUUAUCCAUCCAUUUCAAUUUAUGAACUUGAAGUUUGGAAAUCUUUGAAUGUUACUCGUAUCGUUACCAAUGUUGGGCCACCAAGUGAGUAUAGAGUGGAGAUCCAGGAACCUCCACAAUUUCAUGUCACAGUUCAGCCUGAGAUUUUAAGAUUUAAAAAUAAGGGUGAGAAAAAAGAGUUCAAGGUUACGAUCACUAUGAAGCCAAAUAGUACAUAUAUUACUGAUUUUGAAUUUGGGAAGUUGAUUUGGACCGAUGGAAAGCAUCACGUUGGGACUCCUAUUACAAUAAAGUACAAUGAUUUGUGAUGCUUAGGUUCAUGUUUUUUUGCAUUUUGCUAGAAUUGUAACUCUUUCUCCCGCUUACAAUAAUAUAUGAAUGUUGUUUUAAUGUUAUCUUUUAUUUGGGCCAUUCACCUUUGUAACUCUC